GCUACAAUUCAGCUUGAAAUUAAACCAAGAUUUUUAAGUAACUACAAAGAAAAAGUAAAUGCCGUAGUUUUACCAGUUCUAACCAGCGCACAACCAGAUAUCUCAUUUAAUUACAACUUUAAAAUAUGGGAAAAUUAUACUCUUGCUGAUCCGUUAUUCAACAAAUCAGACAGAAUUGAUAUGGUAAUUGGAGGAGAUAUAUUCAGCAGUAUAAUUGAAAGCGGAAUUAAAAAAGAUCACGGUGUUCUUGGCCAAGCAACGAAAUUCGGCUGGAUAUUAUCUGGCAUAAUUAAAGAAAAAGUUACUGGCAAAAUAACGACAGCAGUAACUAAUUUGGAACGAUUUUGGGAAAUCGAAGACAUAUCAACAGAUGAUGAUAUACAAGAAGAUGACACCACCUUAAAGCAGUACGAAGAAACUACCAAAAGAGAUGCAGAUGGCAGAUUUAUUGUGGAAAUUCCAUUCAAAAAAGAUAAAGAAUUAGGAGAAUCGCGUAAGAAAGCAGUAGCGCGUCUAAUAUCAAUGGAAAACAAAUUCAAAAGCAACAGUAAACUCAAAGAAGAAUACAGCAAAUUCAUCAAAGAAUAUAUAGACCUUGGUCAUAUGAGGAAAGUUGAUGACAAUCAAAGAGGUAAAUAUUAUUUACCUCAUCAAGCUGUUAUUCGAGAAAAUAAUAUAACAACAAAACUUCGAGUAGUAUUUGAUGCAUCAGCAAAAACAUCCAAUGGUAGAAGUCUUAAUGAUAUUAUGUGUACUGGACCCAAAUUACAAAGAGACAUAUUCGAUAUCAUACUUAAAUGGAGGCUUUGGGAAGUUGUCAUCACAGCUGAUGUUGAAAAAAUGUUCAGGCAAAUUAAGAUAGCCAAAAAGGAUCAGGAAUAUCACAGGAUUGUAUGGCGUGAAAAUAAUAUGCAAAAAAUAGAUGAAUAUGAGCUGACAACUGUAACAUACGUGACCGCGUCAGCACCAUAUCUAGCAGUGCGUACAUUAAUUGAAAUCGCUAAUAAGUGUCCAAUUGAAAAAUUACAAAAAAUAAUUAAAGAGGACUUCUACAUGGAUGAUCUUAUGACCGGUGCAAAUUCAGUAGAAGAAUGUAAAUAUAUACAACGAAACAUCAGCAAGCAUCUUCAGGAAUUUGGAUUUCAUCUCAGGAAGUGGUUGUCAAAUCAAAACAGCAUUACUAAUAACAUAUCUAAUACUGGAGAUAAUGAAGUCAUACAAAUAGAGGAAAAUGAAGCUGUAAAAACACUUGGACUGCAUUGGAAUCCACAGGAAGAUCAAUUUCAAUUUAAAAUUAAUUUGAAAAAUUCUAAAAUUAUUACAAAACGGAGUGUUCUUUCUCAGCUUGCACAAAUAUUUGACCCACUGGGGUGGCUUUCUCCCAUAAUCAUAAUUGCAAAGUUAUACAUUCAAAAACUUUGGACAUUGCAAUCUAGCUGGGAUAAUCAACUAUCAGAAGAUCUACAGAAGGAAUGGAUGCAAUUCAUAAAGAAAUUGUAUUUAAUAGAAAACAUUCGGGUUCCGCGAUGGAUAGGAACUUGUAUGGACUCUCAAAUUCAAAUGCAUGGAUUUUGCGAUGCUUCAGAAAGAGCUUAUGCCGCAGUUAUAUACAUAAAAAAGGGUAACAAUGUUAAACUUUUAACAGCAAAAACAAAAGUAAACCCACUAAAAAAUCGAAAAACAAUUCCGAAAUUAGAACUUUGUGCAGCACACUUGUUAGCUAAAUUGAUCAGUAAAGUGAUGAAAACAAUUAGCAUAUGCCAAGCAAUCUAUGCAUGGAGUGAUUCAACUAUAACUCUAAGCUGGAUUGAAAAUUCAAAAAAUAAAGACAAAUUUAUAAGAAAUCGAAUUGAUGACAUCAAAAUGCUUACUUCUAAAGUGAAGUGGAAACAUGUAAGCUCUAAAGACAACCCAGCAGACGUUGCAUCAAGAGGUAUUUCUGUGGAAAAAAUAUCAAAUCUAGACAUUUGGUGGUAUGGACCAAAAUGGCUGAAAUUAUCUGAAAGUCAAUGGCCAGAAGUCAAAACAAACGACUCAGCAAGAAUAUUGUUAACAUCAAAGGAUCAGAACGAAUUUAUGGAUAAUUUAAUUAGCAGAUACUCUAGUUGGUUGAAACUACAAAGGGUUAUGGCAUAUAUAUUACGGUUUGGAAAAAAACAAAGAAAUCAUCAAACUGUAAACUUAUCUGCAGAGGAACUCCAAUCAGCUAGAAACGUAAUCAUUCGACAAACUCAGAAAAAGUUAUUUAAAGAUGAAAUAAAUAAGUUAAUGGGUGAGAAACACAUAAGCAAUACGAGUCAAAUCGUCAACCUCAAUCCAUUUUUAGAUAAAACUGGUAUUAUGAGAGUUGGAGGACGACUAACAAACGCAGAAUUACCGUAUUGCAAAAAACAUCCUAUAAUUCUUUCCAAAUCCUAUUUGAGUUCGUUGAUAAUUAAAGAUGCUCACCAUUCCACUCUACAUGGUGGAAACAGAUUAACAGAAGCAAUAAUAAGAAGACAAUACUGGAUCAUAGGGUUAAAAAAUGCAAUCAAAAGUUGUAUACGAAAAUGUUGCAAAUGCAUAAGAUACAACCAGGUCACAGCAAAACAAAUGAUGGGCGAUUUACCGGAAUUCAGAGUGUCACCAUCAAGUCCUUUUACCUACACCGGAGUUGACUAUGCUGGACCGUUUCAGAUGAGAUGUUCUAAAGGCCGUGGGCAAAAAUCAUUCAAAGGAUAUGUAGCAGUUUUUGUAUGCCUUUCAACAAAAGCAAUACAUCUAGAAGCUGUAAGCAAUUUAUCAACUGAAGCUUUUCUAGCAGCGUUAAGACGAUUUUUUGCCAGAAGAGGAAAGAGUCUUCACAUGUACUCCGAUAAUGGAACAAAUUUUGUUGGAGCGAGCAGAUGUAUUGAUAAGGAGUUCAAACACGCAGUAAAAAAUAACAAUGAAGUAUCAUCGAUUUUAGCGAAUGAACAAAUAUCUUGGCAUUUUUCUCCCCCGGCAGGCCCACAUUUUGGAGGAAUGUGGGAAGCAGGAGUAAAAGGAAUGAAGUAUCAUUUAAAAAGAGCAGUUGGAGACACAAAGCUAACAUUUGAAGAAAUGUCAACGGUUUUAACACAAAUAGAAGCUUCGUUGAAUUCACGUCCAUUAUAUGCCAUAAAUGAUGAUAAUGGUAUAGAUGCGUUAACACCAGGACACUUCUUAAUAGGAAAACCUAUAUUGUCAAUCCCCUCUUCGGGUACGGAUCUAAAAAUUUCCUCAUUAGACAAAUGGAAAUUAAUGCAAAAAAUUCACCGAGAUUUUUGGAAUCGGUGGAAAGAUGAGUAUUUGCAUACACUGCAACAAAGGAACAAAUGGAAAAUUCCAGCCAAUAAUAUAAAAAAAGGAGAUAUUGUCAUUGUAAAAGAUGAAAAUACACAGCCUACUAAGUGGCCUCUUGGAAAAGUUAUAGAAACGCAUCCAGGGAAUGAUGGACGUGUUCGAGUUGUAACGUUAAAGCUUUACAUUGAAAAGACCAAUCCACAAAUUAUGUCCACUUAUAAAACAAACAGACAAUAAUGAAGAAAGGAAUGACGUAAGAACUUCUGCAAUCACAACCAUACCUAUGAAGAAGCAACCUAUAAGUAUGUUUACGCUCAUGAUCUUAGUUUUCCUUUACAUGGCAACAAGUACUCUUGGUAUGAACAUACACAUUCCUCAAGAAAGAAGUGCAACAGUGAGCAAACUUCCUGAAAAUACCACAAUUUACCUGGACUCACUAGGAAAAAUGGAUGUAAUCACGUCUACCUGGGAUUUGCUUAUAUAAAGGGUGAUUUUUUAAGAGCUUGAUAACUUUUUAAAAAAAAAAAACGCAUAAAAUCUCAUCGGUUCUUUAUUUGAAACGUUAGAUUGGUUCAUGACAUUUACUUUUUGAAGAUAAUUUCAUUUAAAUGUUGACCGCGGCUGCGUCUUAGGUGGUCCAUUCGGAAAGUCCAAUUUUGGGCAACUUUUUCGAGCAUUUCGGCCGGAAUAGCCCGAAAUUCUUCGGAAAUGUUGUCUUCCAAAGCUGGAAUAGUUGCUGGCUUAUUUCUGUAGACUUUAGACUUGACGUAGCCCCACAAAAAAUAGUCUAAAGGCGUUAAAUCGCAUGAUCUUGGUGGCCAACUUACGGGUCCAUUUCUUGAGAUGAAUUGUUGUCCGAAGUUUUCCCUCAAAAUGGCCAUAGAAUCGCGAGCUGUGUGGCAUGUAGCGCCAUCUUGUUGAAACCACAUGUCAACCAAGUUCAGUUCUUCCAUUUUUGGCAACAAAAAGUUUGUUAGCAUCGAACGAUAGCGAUCGCCAUUCACCGUAACGUUGCGUCCAACAGCAUCUUUGAAAAAAUACGGUCCAAUGAUUCCACCAGCGUACAAACCACACCAAACAGUGCAUUUUUCGGGAUGCAUGGGCAGUUCUUGAACGGCUUCUGGUUGCUCUUCACCCCAAAUGCGGCAAUUUUGCUUAUUUACGUAGCCAUUCAACCAGAAAUGAGCCUCAUCGCUGAACAAAAUUAAAGCGCGAAACACAUUUCGAACCGAACACUGAUUUUGGUAAUAAAAUUCAAUGAUUUGCAAGCGUUGCUCGUUAGUAAGUCUAUUCAUGAUGAAAUGUCAAAGCAUACUGAGCAUCUUUCUCUUUGACACCAUGUCUGAAAUCCCACGUGAUCUGUCAAAUACUAAUGCAUGAAAAUCCUAACCUCAAAAAAAUCACCCGUUAUUACGAUCUUCAUGCAUAUUUCGAACAGUAUAAUAUGUUGCCAAAUUGCAUUCAAAGAAUAAAAAAUCAUUGCCAGCUAUUAUCCCAGUUUGAAGAGGCAUGUAAUGUCAUAUCAUUAUCACUAGGCAAACGUUACGAAGAUUUAAGUCACAAUCAUAAUUUGAUUGUAUACAAUAAGAGGCAAAAAAGAGCUCCAUUAGAAUGGGUCGGUUCAAUUUACAACAUGCUGUUUGGGUUAAUGGAUACAGACGAUCAAGAAGUAAUAGAAAGUAAUUUUAAAACGUUACUUUCUAAUCAACAUCAGAUCAAGAACAGACUAAAAUCUCAAAUCUCUUUAAUAAACUCUACAGCCAACAUUAUAAAUAAAAAUUUGAAUGAAGUCAAUUCGCAGUUCUUUAAAAUCCAAACACAAAUAAACAAAUAUCAAUCCGAAAUUAUAAAAGACAUAAAUCGUGAUAAAAUGGCGAUUCAAUUUCAAAUGUUAGUUACUCAAAUUACCAUAUUAUUGGGUGAAUGUGAAAAGAUACAAAAUGCAGUAAUAGAAUUGCUGAUAGAUUUAAACCAAGGAAGAAUAAAUCCAACACUUUUGACCCCAACACAAUUACAAACAGAACUGAUGUUAAUAAAAGACAAACUACCAGCAAAGUUGUUAAUACCUGGACAACAAACAAACACACAACUAAGAGAUGUAUACAACUUGAUGAAAACACGAGGAUUAAUUGUGGAAAAUAAAUUAGUCAUAAAGGCAGAACUACCUUUAAUUCAAAGUGAAUCAUCGGAAGUAUACAAACUUAUAGUAAUUCCACAUGAAUAUAAUGGAAGAAUACUAAAAGCAAAACUAAGAAACGAAUUUUUAGUUUACAACUUUGGACUUAACUCAUAUUUUUUGAUGUCACAAGCAGAAUUAAAUAAGUGUACAAAAAGCCUCAACAACCAUUUAAUAUGCAAAGGAAAAUCUCCAUGGCAACCGGCUUUAGAUAAAACAUGCGAACUUUCAGCGUUGUUAAAAAGCGGCCACACUAACUGUAAAUAUGAGGAAGUGACUAAAUCAAUAUUUUGGUCAGAACUCUUUGAAGAAAACACUUGGAUCUUUAAAGUGUUCAAAAAUUCUACGAUCCAUCUAGACUGUCAAAAGGGCAAAACGCAGAUAUUGGAUAUUCCGGCACAAGGAAUUCUUUCAAUCAAAGCUGGCUGUACUGCAAGAUAUGAAAGUAUCACCUUAAUCGGCAUGCAAAUAUUUAAAAUGCAGAGCGACAUCAAUCCGACGUUGGACCCGAUCGUAACAACUAUAAAGGAAAUAGCGGAGGACCAUAUAACUACUCUUCAAAUAAGCAGAAUAGACGACAACGAAGAGCAGAGAAAGCUACGAGAAGGCAUUGACAAGAUCAGCAACAACGAAUUAAAAUUAAGUGAGUUAAAUUUAAGAAACCAUAGCGGACAUUUAUCUUUAGUGUUAGUAGUAAUUGUAAUAUUAUGCCUUUUAAUACUAUAUUUCCGUUAUAAAUGUAAAGCGAAUAAUGCUGAUAGAAUCAUUGUCAAUAUUCCCAACCGAUAGAAUAUUGAUAACAUAAAAAAUACAGUCCACUAGAUUUAAAUAAUCAUUUCUUUGCCUCGGCAAUAUGUUCAAAUAUCAUUGAACAUGCUUACUUAUCAGCAAAGCCGAAAUUGUACUAAAUAGAAAUAUCUAUUUAUAUAUUAAUAUACAUACAUACAUAUGUAUAGACAUAAUGCAUUUACAUGCAAUGCACAUCUACGAGUAAUAAUAAUAAAAAUGCAUGGGACAAAAAUCAUAAAUAUACAGCAGAGAUAACAUUAAACACACACACGCACACUUACAAUAAAUUAUACACUUGAAAUCAACCCCAUGUCAAGCAGCAAUAAAAAAUAUGCUGCAAUACAUAAAAACAUACACACAUACAAAUAUAUUUAGUUAUUUAAGAUAGUUUUAGAAAUUGUAUAUAAGCCAGAAAAAUACAAAAUAAAAAUCAGAAUGAAUAUAUUCUCACUUGACAAAAGACUUUUUUUCAAAUCCCCCCACCAGCGAUGAUCCAGCACCGAGUUAUGAGGGGCACCGCAAUUCAACUUUUUUGCGAGACACGUCCGCUCAAUUGCUACCAUUGCCAUAGUUUUCAAUAUUUCUUUAUAAAAAUUUGAUGAGACAUUCCUCAAAUGUCAUACUUUAAUGUACUUUUCGUUAAAUAAAUAUAUUUUAACUUUGUCGUUAGAAAAAAAAUCACAAAAA